AUAGGUGACGGGGCAAUGACAGCAGGCCAAGCAUAUGAAGACAUGAACAAUGCAGGGUAUCUUGAUUCCGAUAUGAUUGUUAGUCUUAAUGACAACAAACAAGUCUCUUUGCCCACUGCUAAUCUAGACGGGCCUAUACCACCUGUAGGAGCUUUGAGCAGCACUCUGAGUCGUUUGCAAUCAAACAAGCCUCUAAGAGAAUUAAGAGAAGUUGCCAAGGGAGUAACCAAACAAAUUGGCGGGCCUAUGCAUGAACUGGCUGCAAAAGUUGAUGAAUAUGCACGUGGAAUGAUCAGUGGUUCUGGAUCAACACUGUUUGAAGAGCUCGGACUCUAUUACAUUGGUCCUGUUGAUGGUCACAACAUAUAUGAUCUUGUUUCAAUUCUGAGAGAGGUUAAGAGCACUAAAACAACCGGUCCUGUACUCAUCCAUGUUGUCACUGAGAAAGGUCGAGGAUACCCGUAUGCUGAGAGAGCUGCGGACAAGUACCAUGGAGUGGCCAAGUUUGAUCCAGCGACUGGGAAACAAUUCAAAGCCAGUGCUAAAACUCAGUCUUACACAACAUACUUUGCAGAGGCUUUGAUUGCAGAAGCAGAGGCCGACAAAGAUAUCGUUGCAAUCCAUGCUGCAAUGGGUGGUGGAACAGGCUUGAAUCUUUUCCUUCGCCGUUUCCCAACACGAUGGGCUGUAAAUGUGUAUCAGUAUCAUGAUGAAGAUGAGUCAAGGAGCAGCAGCUGGAGCGAAGGAAAAGAAGAAGGGAGCGAUGUUUGUGAUUGACUGUGCGAAGCCGGUGGAGGAUAAGA